AUGGCCCCUGAUUCUGAGCGGCAAUGGCCACCUCGAUCUCCUCAUGAAGCCCUGUUAAGUACGCCUGGUGGACGUCAACGAUAUCGCGAGAUGAUGAACCGAACCUCGCCGUCACCGUCACCUAUGAAAAGUGCUCGAGCAUUGGCGGCUAUUACUUCAUCGCCAGGCGCUGGUCUGGGCAUUCAAUUGCCAGCAAAGGACGAGGACGAGGACGAGGACGAGGAUGGGGAUGGGGACGAAGACGAGGAGACGUUACAGCUGAAGCUUCAGGAGAUACAGGCAAAGUUGAAACUGAAAAAACUGCAAAGUGCAAGGGCAAGGGAAAAGGUCGCCUCGCAUAGAGAUGGGGAGGCGAAUAUUCCGUCGGACGCUGUUUUCUCCAGCCCCGAUCGCCGUGCCCGAGCACGAACACCAGGCGCGGAUGAGAACGUGCGACCAGCCCUUCAAAAUCAGGUAACAGUGCCUGCAUCACCUGUUCGAAAACUCCAGUUUCUGCAACAACAAACGUCUCCGAGUAGGGUGUUGCUGGGCAUUGACAAGGGGUUGAAAGCCAAAGAUGUGUCUCUGAAGCGGGCCCCGAGCCAAAAAGGGCACAGGCCCGGGACAUCAUCUCAGGUUGGAGUGUAUCUGAGUCGAUCUAGAUCAGUCCAUCCUUCUGUUCCAUCAGCAGAAGCCGCAAGACCAUUAAGCUUCAAUGAGAGACUGGCCCAAGCGCGGACAGAGGAGGUUGCUAGAGCGGAAAGGAUCGAAAAGAUACAAAGAGUGCGUACAAGUGCUUUCAGUAUUGGACAGGAAGAGAUGGACGGAUUCAGGAAGAGCGCAGUCAGUAUUCCAGACGAACCAUUGCCCCCGCCGACAUUUACUCGCCAGGAGAUCUUGUCACAGCACACUGCAGCCGCCUCAAAGUUGCCUCGAAGCAAGACUGCGCCAAGUCUUCAUCAUUCACAGCCAGAUUCUCACAAUUCGAACUUGUCAUCUGCAACUGCGGGCGCCAGCGCCAGCGCCAGCGCUACUGCUGAGCCGUCCGCCAAGGACGAAAGCUCCUUUGAGCCGUAUUCCUGCCUGCAUCUCUCAAGACGAAUACUGCCACACACUGUCGUCACUCGACAUGUCACUAGCAAGAAGGUCCUCAACAUCAAGGACCUUUUAAGAGAUGUCAAAUCACCCAACUACGCUUUGCCGGAUGUGGAACAAGACAUUGUAGUCUUUGCUGUGGUGGCCCGCAAAUCGGAGCCCCGAGCACACAAGCCAACUGCGAAUCAGAAGCAGGAAGAUCGAGGCAAAUACCUCGUCAUGACAUUGACUGACUUGGAACUUGAGCUAGAUCUCUUCCUGUUCAAUUCUGGCUUUAUGCGGUUCUGGAAACUAACCCAAGGCACUGUCGUUGCCAUCCUGAACCCCAACAUUAUGCCCCCGCCGCCCGGGCGGCAAGAUACUGGCCGUUUCAGUCUCGUCAUCAAUUCGGACGAAGACACAAUAUUAGAAAUUGGCUCUGCUCGUGACUUGGGCUUCUGUCAAUCCGUGAAGAGGGACGGCGAGCUCUGCGGCACGUGGGUCAAUAAGAAGAAGACGCAUUAUUGUGAAUUCCACUCCAACGAAGCCAUUCGAAAGCAACGAUCAUCGCGAGUAGAAGUCAACGCCAGUGGCUUCGGAGGGUGGGAGAAACGAAGCAAGUUUGGCUCCGGACAGAAGAAAAAUGGCUCGAGCAACUACGACUGGGAGACGAGGACGCAGUGGUUUGCGGCACGAUCUCUCAGUGCAGCCGAUCUGAUUGAUGGCAAGGACCGCGGUGCAGCCGACCGGAAAGAGAAGGCCGAGGCGGUCAAAAGAAACAUGGAAGCAAAGGAAAAGGAGCGUGACAUGAUGAAGAAGCUGGGCAACGUCGGCCACGGGGCAGGACGAGAAUACAUGGAGCGGGCAGGGCUCAAGGGCGCCGCUGGCCCGGGGGCUGCGGUAUCAAAGCGGGCCAAGGGACCUGUGAUGACUGACGAGGAGGAGCAGCCUGCGAAGCGUGAUGCCCUGUCCCUCGGCCUGACCGGCAAAGACCGGACGGUUCAUCUCAGCCCGGUCAAGCGUAAACGACCGGAUAGCUCGCAAGCGAGCUCUGUCACGGGCAGCUCAAACUUGGCGUCGUCGUCGGCCGCUGGAUUCGGCUGGGGUUCCCACCUCCGAGACAAGCUGUCAAAGAUGAAGGAAGGCGAGAAACUUCACAGGGGGGCGGAGGCUGCGCGGGUGCGUAAAAAGACGCGUUUCAUUACAGACAAGGGCAUCCGCGAGGCGGGAAGAGAGAGCCUGGGCAUGGAUAUCUCGGAGAGGCAGGUUUCUCUCGACGACGAUGACGAUGACGAUGAAUUGGUUAUUGUAUAA